AAUAAAAUGCUAAAAUACGAUAUUAUUUACAAUAAAAUACUUAAUUAAGUUACUAUUAAAAAUGGUUACAAAUAAUAAACUGGACUUACAAUUUCAAACAUACUACGAACAUACUUCCUCUUUAAAUAUAAGCAUAAGCAUAAGUGUAAGAGGAGCCCUCAUGCUAAUGCUUAUGCCACAGCCGUCCCCCGGCCACUAGCACAUAAACUUCUUAUGCUUAUGCUUGCAUCGCAAGUUAGGACGAGGGAGUACCGGGAGUUCGCCCACGCUUUCCCGCGCUUCGCGUCGCUAGAUGUAUGUACUUCGAGGUUUGAUUGGUUCAUUGGAUUGUCUGUUUGCCUUGUGAUUAGCUAGAGGGAUUACUUUAGGUAUUGGGCCUGAUAAUGUUUCCUCGGCACAAUUGUGCAAUAAAUCUCUUAUUAUUUAAGCUGCUUAGGAUCACCGGACGUUUCUUUACAGACCACACUUCGCUUGAUCCGAAUUGUCAAAUUCAUGGUUAAUAGAAAAUUAUGUGUAUACUUAUUGGAAUAGGAGCGCUUAUCAGAAUAGAGACACUUAUUAACAAACGAUACAUUUCUUGGGCCGCUUUUUGGGUCAGGGUGCCAGAUCGAAUCUUACCGUAGCAGUUAAAAAACUUGAACCAUUUCGAUAGUUCGAAAGCAAACAACAAAAUUUUGGGAUCAUAGCAUUCGCAUAGUAACAAGUGAUUUUAUUUUUUGAUGCUUGCUUAAUAACCUAUAUCAUCACACUAAUUAGCGUUUACAUUAUUGCCAGGAAAGCCUAGUGGAUAAACUAGCAAUGCUACACGAUAUGAUACCGGCAAAAAAGAGCAGACGAUUUCGCUCAGUGCGUAAUUUUGUGAUACCUGGCAAUAAUUUUCAGUUUUCUCAAAAACGAUUUUGUCGGAUUCUAAUCACUUCUGUUCAAACAUUCACUCUCAGUAACUGCACUACAAAGAAAUAAGCACACCCAAGGGACAGCAGUAAAAUGCCAGCCUUUUCUCAGCUAUUAAGUUACAAGUAAUUAGUGGAAUAAGCCAUAUAAUCACUGUUUAUUUUAUACAUGUAGAUCCAAAAUAGAGGGUUUCAACAAUAGCCCCCUACCGCGCUGCCUCUUGGGAGAAAGACACCGAGUUGCUAAGGUUGAUAGCAACUUAUAUUUUUCCGGGUGAAUCAGGAAUGAUAGACCGAAGCAUGCCUCAGAAAUAGCGACAAGCGAAAGUGUAACCGAGGUUAAACUUCCCCGGUGAUUCAUUCUUCGCUGCUCUGUAUUUCCCUGCAGGUUUUUUUUGGUGGCAGAGGGAAGGAUUCCUCAAAAGAUCGACGAAAUUUUCUACGUAAGCUCAAGCAUAUAUUCUCUACGAUUGCUCACCAUGGACUCCUCGCUCAAUGUACAUCCUAUUUGUGGAUUUUGGGAGGGUGCUUUGGAAAUUCACGUACCGAAAUAAUGCGUGUUCUUCCUUUACAGUUAUACCGUCAACUAAAGACCAUCUAGUGUUAAAAAACCACUGGUCGAAACGAACGAAGCAUCAACUAACCGCAGUCUCGCUCGUUGUGGAACACUCGAUCGGAUCGAACGUUCUUGGCGAAUUUGUUUCCGGUGUUUACCCCGUUAUUCUACAAGACUGAGAAUAUGACAGUAAAGUUUCGACGAUCCUUUAUGUGGCAACGAAUGCAUCGGCCUCGAACAAAGUGCCCUCAUGUUUUCUUAGUGACCUCUGUGUUUCUUUGCAGCACGGCUAUUCACUUCCUUACCGUAUUUAACAGUGACACAUCAGUAGCUAACGGCGAUAAUACUGUUUACAGGCAUCGAUUUCUUCUCAGUGUCAAUGAAAGCAAGAAGGGAAAUUAUCCCGAUGAUGUUUUCACGUUGGCGCAAAAGCGCAAAGGAGCUGUAAUUUUGCAUAUUAUUGGGAUGUGUUAUAUGUUUUUGGCACUGUCCAUCGCUUGUGAUGAGUUCUUCAUUCCCGCGUUGGCAAUUAUCACCGAAAAAUUAAAUAUUUCAGAAGAUGUGGCCGGAGCUACGUUCAUGGCCGCUGGCGGUAGUAUGCCAGAACUUUGUACCUCUUUUAUUGGAGUUUUUGCGGACCCUGAUUCGAAUGUUGGCUUCGGAACCAUUGUAGGUUCCGCUGUGUUCAAUGUCUUGUUUGUUAUUGGAAUGUGCGCGGUGUUCUCGAAGGAAAUCUUAAAACUGACAUGGUGGCCCUUGUUUCGAGAUUGUAUGUUCUACAGCAUAGCUCUGAUCGUUUUAAUCGUGUUCUUCACAGACGGAAAGAUCGAGUGGUGGGAAGCGCUAAUACUGAUUAUCACAUACUUCUUGUAUGUGACAUUUAUGAAAUACAACCACAAAAUUGAAAGAUCGGUGAAAAGAUUGCUUAAAUCGAACAAAGUGAGCACUCUGGAUUCGAAACAAGCCGAAGCAGCCAACAUGCAAGAUCCUUCUCUGGAGAAAGCAGUGGAAAACCUUUGUACAUCAUCCAAACAGAACAAUGGUCUUCCUUGCUUCCGCCAUGGAGCACUUCAACUUGUUAUUCACACUAUGGAUCCUCUUGGAGAAGCUUCCAUUGCAGUGAAAAUAAACAAGUUAAAGAGACUCAGAUGUCUUAAAGUCAAAGUUGGUAUGGAAAGAGACCCUGGUCUUGUGCAUGGGAAUCAAGACGUUUAUAAAAACAUGGAUGAUGGCCACAGACAGUUUCAUUUAUCCGUUAUAAACAAUGAUGAAAGGACAGAUUCAACUUCAACGGCAUCAUUUCAUAAUUGCGUUAAUGACUCCUCUCUUUCAGGGAACAACUUUACUUCUAUCAAUGACUCAUAUAAUAAAGGAGUUGUGGACAACUCUUCUAGAAACUCUAGUUUGGUAAAUGGAGGCACACUGUUUCCUCUUGUACAAAUUGCCCCUCAUGAGAAUGGAGCUGUCCACGUACCUGGUGGAGUACCUGAAAAUUGUGAGCGAAGUAAUAAUGCUUAUAGAACUUCAACAGAGCCGCAAGGCUCUCAAACAACUAUGCUACCACAUUCUUCACAUCAACAAUUAGUAGACGUUGAAAGUGCCAAGGAAGCAUGUCUUGAAGAUGAAAGUGAACCUAUAGACUUAAGUUGGCCAUCAGGCUGGAAAGAUCGACUGGUAUACCUCAUCAGAGCUCCUAUUAUGUAUUGCAUGUAUUUUACAGCACUGGACAUCAAGAGACCAGAAAGAAGACACUUGUAUCCUUGGACAUUCAUUUGGUCAAUGUUAUGGAUUGUUUGCUUUUCUUACUUAAUGGUUUGGUGGGCAACAGAAGUUGGUGACACCCUUGGUAUUCCUACAGAGGUGAUGGGCUUAACAUUCUUAGCAGCUGGGACAAGUAUUCCUGAUCUUAUUACCAGUGUUCUAGUAGCAAGGAAAGGCUUUGGUGACAUGGCUGUGUCCAGUUCCAUAGGGAGCAAUUUGUUUGAUGUCACAAUAGGAUUACCUGUUCCAUGGAUAAUUUUCAGUGCAGUACAUAGCGGUACUGCUAUGGUAGUUAGUAGCUCGGGACUGUUCUGUUCGGUCUUGUUACUCUUCUUAAUGCUGAUAGCUGUAGUUGCAGCAAUUGCUAUCAGCAAAUGGAAGAUGUCCAAACUGCUUGGUGCCACCAUGUUUGUGCUGUAUGUCGUUUUUCUUGUCCUCUCGUUGCUGUUGCAGUACAAUGAAAUUAAGUGCCCAUUUUAAAGAUAGCAUGUGUUAAUGGAGUGGUUCUGCAGUAUUUGUUACAUCAAGCAUUAUAAUGAUGAAAAUAUAUUUGACAUGACACAACAGUAUGUGCAGCAAGGACGUAUUCUGAACUGCUUGUCCCAUUAAAGGAGAUCACCUAGCUCAGGGGAGGUGUACGUCUGUCCACCUUACUGCCCAGUGUUCAUUACUACUAGAAGUUGAACUGUACAGAGAAGCUUACCAGUCAUCAUAACGAAGGGAGACAAAAUAACAAAUGACUUGUAAUUCACCAUACUAAGUUUUGUAUCCAUGCAUGUACAUGUAUUUAAAUUUCUGAGGAUAUAUUUCUGGCAAAGACACUGCUGAUACCUUUCUUGUACAUAUAUAUAUAUAUAUUUAUUUUGUUCACCUUGCCCAGUGAUAUGUGUACUGAAUGUGUUGUUCCAGAAAUAUCCAUACCCCUCCCAUGGAAGGUUUUUUAGCUUGAACCCCCCCCCCCC